AUGGAUUUCUUUGGUAAUGUGGUGCGUGACAUCUGUUCAGUACAAGUAUUAAUAAAUGGCCAACCACAUGGUUCCAUUUUCCCUUCUAUAGGGCUCCGACAGGAGGAUCCCUUAUCGUCAUAUCUUUUUAUUCUUUGCACCGAGGUCCUUAUUGCAAACCUCCGUAAGGCGGAACGGUCCAAGUUAAUCACGAGUAUCAAGGUUUCGACUGCUUGUCCAGCGGUAUCUCAUCUCUUGUUCGCAGAUGAUAGUCUGUUUUUCUGUCGGGCCACAAAGGAGCAGUGUGAGGUUGUUCUAGGGGUUUUAAAACAGUAUGAACGGGUUUCUGGCCAACGAAUUAACUUUCAGAAAUCGUCAGUUCAAUUUGGACACACAGUGGAUGCGAGUUUACGUGAAGAACUUAAGGGCGUGCUGGAUAUUACUACUUUGGGUGGUAUGAGUUCUUAUCUAGGCAUUCCUGAAAGCCUUGGAGGGUCAAAAACAAAAAUCUUCUCCUUUUUUCAGGAUAGACUGCAAUCACGGGCGGGGAGAUGGCCUGCUAGAUUGUUGUCUAGGGGAGGGAAAGAGGUCAUGAUUAAAUCGGUUACAAGGAAACUCACCAGUGCAAUCUCUAAUUUCUGGUGGAGUUCUUCUGGAGAUUCAAGAGCGCUACAUUGGAUAGCCUGGGAUAGGCUAUGUGAUAAUAAGCUGGAAGGUGAUAGAUUGGGUUGGCAUUUGACAAAAUCUGGCGUGUAUACCGUUAAAUCGGGGUAUAACACCUUGCGUCAAAAACCAGAGACUAGCUUGACAGUCUCUAGGCCUAAUAUUGUUCCGCUUCAGGCUUUUGUUUGGCAGCUUCGCUGCGCACCAAAAAUUUGGCAUUUUUUGUGGCAAGCUCUGUCGGGAUGUGUGGCAACGACUGCUAAUCUGCGGCGUCGUGGUAUGGGUAAUGAUAUGGAAUGUGCACGUUGUGGAGUCACGGAAGAGACAAUCAAUCACGCUCUCUUCCUUUGCCCCCUGGCAUGGCAGGAGACCUUGAGGAUGAACCUCGACGCUCUCCCAGGGGAUUUUGAGAAUCUCACAAUAGCCGAGCUCAUGUCACAUUACCGAGCCACGGACGGAGACUCAUCCGGUCCGCAAGCCCACUCGCUGCAAGGUACAAGCAUUGGUCGCUCUCGACCAAGCAUUGUACCAUCACUUAGGCAACCUUGUCGCAGUGCUUUCACUCGACCAUCUGGAGGCCGAGCACCACUUGGACCAGCUUACUUCUGA